AUGUCGCCCCAGCGGCAAGAUCCAUUAUUACAUAAUGACGCUCGACUAAGCAACAAAAGAGAGAGAGAGAGAGAAAGACGAGACGACGACAAGACGGAAGAGACCGAGAGACAAAACGACGCAUCGGGUGACUGGAAAACAAGGACGAAAGAGGAUAAUAAAGAGGUGGCUGACGGGGGAAGAUGGUUAAAAGAGGCCGAAGAAGCAAUGCUGGUGAAGAAGGGAAAAGGAAGCACAGAGAGAGACCGAGAAAGACCAGAGAGAGGCAGAGAGAGGCAGGAGAAGCAGCGAGAAAUGCGACCUGUCAGGUAG